ACUGCGAGUGGCAUGUCCAAGCCACUUCGAUGAUUGAUGUCUUCACAGGUAGGAUGUCUUCACAGGUAGGGUUCACGGGUUCCGUCGAAGGCCACCGUGGUGGAAGAGCUCCAAAGCUUCGUGCUUUUUCUGAAGCCCAACGCUCAUUUCUGGCCACUUCUUGAGCCCUUCAAGUUGGUAGACGACGGGCUGAUGAUACUGAAUGUUGCAGGCGAGCCAGUGCUUCAGCACCGGCGGUACUUGUGAAAUCAAACGUCGUGGGCGACAUUGAAGUCGAGUGCAUGCUCCAAGACGUGAUGCUCCUCGUUCUGAUGAGAUAGAAGAGUCCUGUUUCCACCACGCCACUGAAUUAAAAACACUCCCGUUACGAUCGUGUACCAUUGUCAUGGCGUCCAUUCCGGCAUUGGAGGGGGGACUUAUUGAAUGUUACGGACUAGGCUGCAUCCUGUACGGCAUAGCUGUCACGCAAGCUUACGUUUACUUUCUCAGUUGCAAGAAUGAUCCUCAGUGGAUCAAAUGGAUGGCUGGUACAGUGAUAUCUCUGGAGACAGUGCACACUGCAUUCUUCUUGCGACAGUUGUACUUCUAUUCAGUUGGUGUAAUUGCGGACUCCGGCAAUCUAUCUAAUGUUGACUGGAGUGUCCCGGUCUGUCUGCUAGUGGAGAUCAUCAUUGAGUUCAUUGCAGAAGGAUUCUAUAUUCAUAGACUGUGGAUAUUCAGCAAGAAUGCCUAUCUAAUCUUUGUAAUGGUGCUGAUUCUUCUUGGUCGGCAUGGCACCUUCCUGUUCCUAGCCUUUCACACCCUUCUGCUACCAACAUUCAUGCAGGCUAUAGUACCAGCAAUGAAGGCAAACUUUAUUGCUACUUUGUGUUUGCUUGUGGCACUGGAGGGGAUUCUAGCAAGUGCAAUGGUGUAUUACUUGCAUCAGAAUAGAGGAAGAUUCAAAAGGACACACAGUGUUGUCAACUGGUUGAUUAGAUACUAUGUGAAUACUGGUGCAAUCCUUGUAGUUUUGGCUAUCAUUCUGUUGAUCAUUUAUCUUGUGCUCUCCAACAGCCUUCUAUAUGUUGGUAUUACCAAUAUCUUUGCUAAAUCUAUUGCCAAUUCCUUACUUGGAGCAUUGAAUGGAAGACACCUACUUCGCUCCAAAAUGCAUGAACCAGUCAUCAUUGGCACAAGUGUUUUUGCAAGUAACACUGAGACCAGAGGAUAUGAAAUGCAUGAUCUACAGGUUGAAGUGACACAGGAAAUCUCAAAAAGAAGUGAUCAUAUGGUGGCUGAUACCACAAAGUCAGAUGUGCCCAGUGCCACACUGAGUGUUGAUGAUGAAGCUUACAAGAAUACUUCCAUUGUGUAAAAUUUUUUGAAAGAACUGUCAAUCUUGAGAUGUAUUCAUAUGUUUCAGUAGUGAUGAUUCUGAUGUGGCAUGUACAGUAAAACAGCUCUGCCUUG